ACUACAUUCAUACAAAUAAUAAAAUUUAACUUACUAUUCCAAUGACGUUUCCGAACUGAUCUUUGUGUUCCUUUUUUGUGAGAAUGUCGUCUUCCACAAAAUGUUUUUCGCAUACAUAAUGGGAUCUUUUAAGUACAAACUUGUCUCAUGGAAUUGCUUUCUGCCACAAUUGCCUAACAUUGUCAUCAUUGGGAACUCGGAAUAUUGCAACUUUCUCGUCCGACUUUGCCUGAUAAUUUGUUUUGCACCCAGGUGCAACACAGUGGUUAGGCAUUUUCACAAUUAAAAUAAUAUACGCUUAUUCUCUUUACUAACAAUCAAUGCUCCUCGCUCACAAUGAAGUGCCCGGCUUCCCGCCAAUGCCAAUGUGGAAACUAUACUUCGUAACCUAUUUGACCUAAUUUAUGAAAUAAUUCCCAAACUUAUAAAAAAUAAACACAUCUAAUUUAAUACUGUAUCGAUAUCUGGAGAUUAAUGUAUUUUAAACAUUUAAAUGAAAAUUUAAAUGAUUAUUAUGUUGAGUUGUUCAUAACAACAAAGCUUAAAAUACCACCGCAGAACAACCAGCGCUACACGUCAGAUGGUGGAGCGGAGUGGAACUACGGAGACAUUAGGUGUGCCACUUUUGCAUGCUGGCCUGGUUGGGGAGUGUCCAGACCUCCCCUUCUUAGACCGUGCACACAAUGCAUGCUCCCUCUCCCGCAUGGCUAACCCCUGCAUGUAUAGAGCGUAUAGGCUUCGGCCUGAGACGCACUUAGAGUCUCUCCCUAACCCAGACCUCUCCCAAAUACACUUAGUUUUAAUUUAGGUUAGGAAAAAAAAUUUGAGCUACAUUUGUGGUCUUUCAGCCAGUAGUGGGCCUGGAUGCAUUCCAAUCCAGGGGACCAUCGCCACCUUCAAUUACCAGUCAUUAAACAUGACUGCUGCAAGCUUAUCAACCACAGCACCUACACAAUCAAUAUUGCGAAAAGAUCACGCCUUUGAUUACUGGGAAAUAAUUCCGAGACUACUGAACACAACCAGAUGUAGGGAAAGUGUAUCAGCAAUGACUUCUGUCACUGAAAAGGUAAUGGAUUGGUGGAGCGAAGAUGCUUUUGGAAAUGAGUGCUGGAGUAUAGGGCUUGAAAGAUCGGACAAAACUGUUAACCCAACAAUAAAACAAGAAAGUAAUGAGCAAGCAGGAGAUAAUUUCAGCCUUGAAGUUAGAAAUAAUUUUGAGACUUACUCUAGCCAUGAAGAUGAUGUUGAUGCUGUUAAAGAUGACAUUAGUCAUAAAGAUACAAGUGGUGGAAGUGUCAUUGUUCUUGGCUCUGAUCCCUCCAAGGCCGCUUGUGAUAUCACCUUUCCCAAAAUUAAAACAGAGGUAACGGAAGAAUGUUUAAAAAAAGAAUAUGAGGAGAUAACAAUCAGUGAAGAACAAAUUGUUUCUGAAUCACCAGAAGAAUGUGACUGUCAAGUAGCAGUCCUAAAUAAUAGUAAACCCUUCAAGACUGGCAGUGUGACAGACUUUGAUUUAUCAAAAAGCUCUGUUUUACCAGGAUCAACAGCAGAUGUACAACUAAGAAGUUACUUGCACAAGGCAAUGACUUUUAACAUUGCACAUGAUGGUGAUAUUUCUAGUAAAAGCUGUGGAAAGAUGUAUGUAGAAAACAGAAAAAGGGAAAAACCAUACUCAUGUGCAUUGUGUUUCAAAAAAUAUUUCUCUAAAAAUAAUCUAAAAACACACAUCCAUGCCCAUACAACUGGUCGCUCAUUUUUCUGUUCAGUGUGCAGUGCAAAUUUUCCUAGGAAUGAUUCUGUGAAUAAACACAUGCGUACACACACAGGAGAGAAACCAUUUUCAUGUUUAGUAUGUGAUAAAAAAUUUUCGCAAAGAGGUCAUUUAAAUAUUCAUAUGCGUACACACACGCAAGAAAAACCAUUUUCAUGUUCAGUAUGCGAUGUAAAAUUUUCUCUGAAAGCUCAUUUAAUGAUUCACAUGCGUAUUCACACUGGCGAAAAACCAUAUUCAUGUUCAGUAUGCAGUGCAAAAUUUUCUGUGAAAUGUACCUUGAAAAUUCACAUGCGUACACACACAAGAGAAAAACCAUUUUCUUGUUCAUUAUGCAAUAUGAAAUUUACUCAGAAAGGUCAUUUAAAGAAUCAUAUGCGUAUUCACACAGGUGAAAAGCCACAUUCAUGUUUAGUAUGCAGUAUCAAAUUUUCCAGAAAAUGGUCCUUGAAAUUACACAUGCGUACACACACAAGAGAAAAACCAUUUUCAUGUUCAGUAUGUGAUGUAAAAUGUUCUCAAAAAAGUGCUUUAAAGAGUCAUAUGCACAUUCACACAUGUGAAAAAUCAUAUUCAUGUUCAAUAUGCAGUGCAAACUUUUCUCACAAAGGUAAUUUAAAGAAUCACAUGCACAUACACAUGAGCGCAAAACCAUUGUAAUGUUCAAUAUGAAAAGCUAUAUUAACUCGGAAAGGUUCUUUGAAUAUCACACAUGCAUGCACACUAAUGAGAACAACAUUUUGUUAUUAAUAUGCAGUGCUAAAGGUUUUAAUGAAGGUACCGUAAAGGAACGUAUGAUAUAUAUAUAUAUAUAUAUAUAUAUAUAUAUAUAUAUGACGAACAUACAUUUCAUAGUUACUUUAUACCCUUGGGACAUGCUAAUAGUUGAUGUUCCUAUAGCAUAUGCGAGUAAAAUUAUCCCUCUUGUAAAUAUUAAUGGUUCCAAGAGCAUAGUGUAAGAAUUUUAGUAAACAAAAAUUUUUGUGUGAAAGUAUGCAAAGUUGUGUGUAAGAUGUCGAACCAGUGAGGAUAAGAUGGUGAAUGUGAAUGUAAUUUAGAAAACAAAAUGUUCAUCUCACAGAAAAAUAUAUAUAUUUACUAAAAACUGUUAUAAUAUUCAGAAGAAAAAAAGAAUAGGCCUUGUAAACUGAAAAUAAAAUGAUUGGACUUAAUUACGUCGUAGGCUGUCUACACUAAAACCUCGAUUUUACGUAUGCUUAUGGAUCCACGGAUUGUAUUUGUAAAAUCGCUACUUCUGUAGCCCAUUUCGAUCCUAUCCCCCCUCCCUCCCGCCUCAUAAAAAAAAAAUAUUUUACUUUUCGAACCAAAUAUAUCUGGUAUUAUUUGUGUCUUAAUAAAUAAAAUACCAUGAAAUACUGUAGCGAUUUGAAAUGCGCGCGUCAUCGCGGGCCUCCGGCACUUCGCUCCCCUCAUCCUUCUCCCUCCUUUUCUCCCCCUCCUAGUGUUUGUUCAAUUUGUACUCGUUUCCCCCACCCUUUCCAAUAUGCGCAUGCGCGCGCUGCGGCGCGAGUUUAUAAAAUCUGCUGCAGACAUGAUGAGGGUCUUCUUCUACUGGUAGCCUUUGUGAGGCUUGGUUGUCAGCAGUAGCUGACCAGUUGUUAAUUUCACUAGCAUGUAGUCCGAGAGCUUCGACUUAGUCUUCGUGCGUGUGCGACCUCAGGGGAGAAAUGUAAGUUAAAUCGAGUCGUCAGUGAGGCGGUGGCCCUCACCCUAAUGUAGAAUCAGUAUUGUUUAAAUUUGUUCUGUCUAAAUUCCUUUUCGGCAGCCACCAUCAAAAAGUUGUUUGGAUUUCUGCUUUAAAUUUAAAUUUAACUUGACCUUCGCUUCCGUUUUUCUGUUUCUACCUGUCUCCCCCUGAGACGUCGUCGCACGUAUUUGUUUGGUACUGCUUUUUAAAGAAUAAUGUAACUUCUUUCUUUCGUGUACCUGCACUUUGCAGUAGUUUUGUAAAUGUAACUUUUUUUGUAAUAUAAUUUCAGACAAGGAAAUUAUGUCCCUUUUUGACGAUCGUUGAUUGGAUCGUUCUCUGUGUAGCCGGCUUACCCAUGCAAAUUAUAAUUGUCAACUAACUCGUUUUGUCAGAAAUGUUAACGUAAUAUUUAUAUUGAAUUAAUAUUGAAUUUGAAUAAAAUGUCUGUGUACCUGAAACCUUUUACCUUGAUUACCCAACUGCUCCAUUCACGUAAUCCGCAGUCCUAGCCAUGUUCUGGUCUUCCUUCAAUCCUUAAUAGGCCCCCACCAAUUACAAUACUAUUAAUACCCCAGUGUGUGAACAUGGAAUGCACGCCGCCAUGAGCCAUAGCAAAGUAAUGUCACAGCGGUUAACCACACAUGCACCACUCAUUACGAGAUGUUUAUACUUUAUUUUGGCGACAGUAGGUGUUCCAACAUGCUUUUCUUGGGUAUCUUUCCUUUUCGGAAGAUGUUUCCUAUUAAAAUUUAUAAUUAUAUUUGAGUUUGAAUACUUGUCAAUUCCUUUGCAUGGACCUGUUGUGAAAAAUGACAGAAUUUUCCAAAAGGAUUUGGGAAGAGGGGGGGGGGGGGGAGGAGCUGUAAGUUUAAAAUGUUUAGUUCGAACACCUCUCACCCCUAUUUUGAUCCUAGGGGUUUAGUUUAUGUUUUUAGUUUAUUCUAGCGCAAGUUUUUGACGUCGAUUCCGACAUACUGUUCGCUUGCCAAUCGGAACAAAUCAGUUUUUUCAGACAAGUGCUAAAUGCUAUUCUAAGUGUUUUAUCCAUAGGAGGGUCCACUCACUCAGCAAUGUUCAGGUCUAACGACUUCCCACCUCUUCUCUUCUGCCUCUCCCUCCCGGGCGUUCCGUACAAACAUGGCGACACUAAACAGCCGUUACAUCUUCAUAAUUUAUCACUAAAUAGUAGCUAUUUAUUUAAACUCUGCGCUUAUUAAACAGUAAGAUACUUUAAAAAUGUGGAACAGCAUAUAUUAUUUAAAGUACAGUGUCUUAAAUGAAAGAAACUUGUUGUUUAGCACGAAACAAUGGAAAUUCAGUGUGAAGUUUUCUGCUGUAUGUCGAUAAAUUAUUUUAUGUAUCCACACGUGUGUGUUUAUGUUAGAACUAGUCAUAAGAAAAAUCUUGUGCAGUUUACACAAUAAACAUUUAGCUAAAUUAAAUGUAACACAAUCACUUAAUUAUAAAUUGUUUUUUAUUUUCAAAUAGUAUUAAAGUUCAGCAGUGAUUUUACAGCUACUAAGUGAAUUUGUACAUUAAACAUUGAAAUACUUAGCUUUUUAAAGCUAAUUGAAUAUUGGUUAACCAAAAAUAAAGGCACGUUUAUUCUCAAGCUUACUCUGCAUUUAACUCAUAAUAUUUUAGCAUUGACAAAAUUUGUAUUAGCUGAUUUAGCUUGGUGGUUUGCCUGACUGCAUUGUAUAUGUUGCAUGAGACUGUUUUGGGUUCAGUUCUCCAACAAAUUGAAUUUUUUUUUAUUCUUUAAGCAAUUUAGUAAUCAUUUGCAUUCACGAAAGUAAAAGCAAAAAUAAAGGAGGCCUUUUAUUACAUUUGACUAUAAGACUAAACUAUGAGAGUUUAGUUAUUUGCUCCUUACUUUAUUAUUGUAAUCUCUGGUGAUUUUGCAUGACAAAAUAAACCCAUUUAACUAAAUUGUUUGAAUAAACAUGAAGUAUUUUGAGUAUAGUUAAAAACAAUAAAUAACAUUUAAAAAUGUAAGUCUUAAAAAUAUUGAUUAAAAUAUUAAAUAAAAAAAAUCACUAAACAAUAUUUGAGUAUGUUGAUAAAGCCACGCAAGACAAGGUUAAAAUUUAAUAUUCUAGGUACAUUAAAAUUUUUAGGUUUUUAAUAGUAUGAACAAAAAUUAAAUCUACGUAAUUUUGAAGGAGAAAAAAAAAAUAUAGGAGAGAUUUGAGCUUACAAAAAUUUUUUGUAGUGGUUAUAAAACUAUGACCUAACCCACUUUGCCACUCUACCUAACUUGAUGUGAAAGAUAAAAAUAAUUGUAAUGUAGUAAGUUGUAAAUACUGAAAUAAUAGGUAGUUAAACAAAAAUUCAUAAAGGUAUUUAAAAUAACUUUAAAAAUAAUGUAAGUGGUGAAUAACUAGUUUAUACUGUUGCCACCACGCUUCCAAGCUGCCAUGUUUGAAAGUGAAUUGCCGAUUGUGUUUUCAGGUUUCGACAGCCUAGUAGUAGAUGCAGAUGUGCUUUCAUGAUUGGCUGUCACCAAGAAUCGAGAUGACACACAUAACUUAGAAUACCAAACACGUGAAAUCUCCCGAUAAUUGUCAUUUCGCGAUCAGGAACUCAUUUCUGAGUAACAGAAUAAACCCCCUGUUCCUGGGAACCAUGAGGGGUCAUAAAAACGGGGUAGCUAUGGGUUGCCAGCAAUUAGCCGUAGAAGGAAGUCGCUUCUCAAUUAAUUUUCUUUCUUCUCUCACGCGGCACAAAACGGUUGCAGUUACUGCUAUGCAUUCCGCUCCAGAAAUGUUGGAAUAUGGAGGGCAGUGUGAGUAUAGUUCAUUAGCGGUAAAAUAAACAUUUUCACGGCCCUGCUAAAAUAAUCUAUUCAAGAAAUUUCAAAGUUUGUGCAUUUUUAGCAGAAAUACUGCUGUGUGACUAAUUAACAAAGUGUACCUAGUUCACAUUUUUUUUUAAAUUUAAUGUUUAAUGCCAUAGCAACUUAUAUAAUAUUUAUUAAGGUAAAUGUCCAUCAUGUGUACCUUAAAAAUAUUCAGUUUACCGGGAAUGGACUGUACGACACUGUGUGAAGUUCUGGCUUGUGUUGCACGCAGUGAGGUAGGGGGAGGGAGAGGAUGAUUUGACAGUUUCUCAAGUAUACGAGUGGAGGGAAUGUUGGAUUGAAAAGAGGGGGGGAGAUAUCUCUAGGAGGUAUGAGCUGUAGCCUUGAAGAAUGUAAACCAGGAGAGGGAGGGAUAAACCAUAUGACAUUGUGAUGCUGCCAGCACGCGCCAGUCUAGCCGCGCUUCUAAACGGAAUGUCUUAUUAUUUUUUGUUCUGCUUAUAGGAACAUAAUUUAUAGUAUUCAAACCCACACAAAAUAUAUGCUGUGUGUUAAAAAAUAACAUAUUUUUAUAACCUUGUCAUUGCAUUUUUUUUUUCCAAUUUAUUUCUGAUUGUUUAUAUUUUGGUGUCAAAAUUUUCCAUUUUUUCUUAGGUUCCUGAGAAUUUAUUAAUAAAAUCAUUGCUUUGUGAAAUCUGCAGUUCAUAUAAUCAGGUUUCUAGUGUGUUCAUUUCUGAAUUGUUCCCAUCAAAAUACAUACAUGAGAAAUAUUUAUAUUUGUUAAAUUACCAUUCAUUUGCAACAAUAUUUAUUUGUAAUUAAUAAGAAAACAAAACUAUAUAGGCCCUUAUAAAAAUUACAAAAAUCACAUUCCUACUUGAAAUUCACCAAUCGCUGUAACCCAACCAGUGCACUGAGUAUUAACCCAGUCUUUUCAUACAGAACCUUUAUAUCACAGUUCUUUCUUCCCACUCUCCAUACACAGAAAACAGUCUCUCUCUCAACAAGUUCUGUUUUGUCUUCUGUUUCCAUGUAGACAAAACACUUAUCGUCAGAGGUCUCUGGUUGGCUAGUUUCUUUGCUUUUGCUGAUGAUAAGUUCCUCCUGGAGCUGUCUUGUUUAUUUUCUGUUAGAAACUAUAUUUUUCUUCCGUGCUUUUUCUUCUUUAACAGAUUUGAUUUUCUCUAAUACUCGCUUUACUGGUGAACUAGAUAUCAACCAAUGAAAGGAGCUUCCUGCAUUUAUGCCUAGUUUUAAUGUCUGCAACAGGAAGAACAGGCAAUAAAUAGCUGCAGCUUGGUUGGGAGAGGCUUUUGACAUGUCUGGAGUAUGCAAUGUCUCUUCUAUAUCAGGUGCUGUUGGCUCAGGUUAACUAUCUGUACAUGUAGUUUUUUGUUCAGUAGUUUUGGCAGAAAUCUUUCGUUGCUUAGCCACUGGUUAAUCCCCUGGUCCUAUAGUAGGCACCUCUGGUGAGUCCCCUGGUUCUACAGUGGUGCUGAUUGAUGUCGCUGGUAGAUCAGCCAUGGAUUGGGACUUGUCUGUAGUUGUUUGAAGCUUCAAAAUCUUCAUCUGUAAAGAUUUUAUUGUUAAAGUUUCGAUCUCUGUUACUAUGAACCUAAUUAAGAAACCCCUACAGAUGCAACAUUUUUGCAUGCCUUGGAAUGAGCUGUUUCGAAGGGGUCAAAAAAAGAUACAUCUAGAGGCUGCAAUCUGUGUUUAGUGUGAGCUGGAAACCCCAAGACCACCACAUGAUGAUCUCUAGGGUAAUGUGCAAAGUGUGGUUGUCCAUUAAUAAAAGGCUGGUGCUGCUUGGAUUCGUGUGCUUCACAAAGUGCUGUAGAUGUUUUACAAAAAUAUCGGUCAUCCAGCCACUCUUAUGAGCAACUUCAACCUAUCAGGUGGUGCUCCGUCUAAAAAAGCUUAUAUUCUCACUCAAGGGAAAAUAAAUAGUGAGGGUAUAAAGUGUCCAGCUGCAUUCUUGCACCAGCUGUAACAUUUUAACCUCUUUUGCCUGAUGAAAGUUUAAUGAGCAGCGAUUACCCUCUGGUGGCAGAAAUUUUGGUGUUUUUGUGGGUACUGUGGGAAAUCCCGACUUGUCUACAUUAUAAAUUUAGGACAUCUGGAAUGUUUUUCCAGUCACAAUUUCUUCAAAACAGAAAAAAAUUUAAUCCACAUUUACCUUAUUGAAUGCAGCCUUUUGGGUUGUUGAUGUAGCUUUUGGCAUCAUUCUUGAAGGUUAUAUUGUACUGGGCCAUAAAUUUACUGACAAAGUCUUUCCCAGCUGCUUUCAUUUCUUUGUUGAACCGGUGGUCAAUUUCAAGUCCUUCAGAAAAAUUAAAGGCAAUGCAAGGAAACUCAUCCUUCAUCAUUCCGAAUGCUCUAUAGUUGACAUCAACAACAUUAUUUUUCAGUUGUGCUAGUUGUUCAGGUGAAAAUGUAUUUUUGAAUCUUUCUUCAUAUUUAGGAAACCUUUUCAACAAUAAGUUCAACAAACACUGUUAUUUAACAUAAACAUAAACCUUAAAUAAGUACUUACUAUUGACAUAGUAAUCACUCACAGUUUCCUUGUAAUCUUUAAUUUAUCUUCUCAAUGUUGGUUCUGGUAUGCUGUUUUGAUGCUGAAUCCACUCUGUUCCCAAUUUUUACCAACUAAAUGGCUAUUCAUGCUAUCUUUCAACCAGAUUCAUCUGUCAGUCUUACGUUAAUAGUCACAUACCAUUUUCCUGGUGUGUCAUCAAUAUAAAACAAACGACCAAAUAAUUUAGAAAUAAAAUAUUUAUGUAGAAUUGGGCAAGUUAAUGAAUUCGUCAUCAUGUCCCUUUCAUCAAUUAUUCAUCUUGUUCCAAGUAUCCAUGUUUUUAUUAUAAUUGUGUAAAAAAAAAACAUUUCAACUUAAUAAACACAGGUUGCAUGCUCAGAAUAAAAAAACAUGGCUGUGAAUAAUUGCCAACCUGGCCACUAUCAUUCUUCAUUUUCUGGGCCAAAAUAUUACAUUGGCUACUCACAAAACAAACUUUUUGUUCCACAGCUCCACAGGUUAUAGUCAAUGAUGUGCCACUACGCAUUUCACAAAGCUCCUAGUAGGGCUCUCUUUUGCACCUGUUACUGUGCUGCGAUCUGAUUACCGGAAAGAAAAAUUCUGGCUUCGUCAUCUUACCCUUCUUUUUCCUACAUAUGUUUGCAAAAAAUUAAUUUAUUAUGUUCUGUAACCUGUAAAAUUUUUUUCAGAAAGGUCAUUUAAACGCACAUAAAUGUGUAUAAACAGGUAGAGAACAAUAUUUCUCUUAAGUGUAUGGUUUAAUACAAAAUUAUGAAAUUAGUUUUUGGUGGGCAUAUGAAAAAAGAUGCAAUUGAACCAGUUCUUGUGUUAAGUACAUAACAUAUACGUCUUAUCAAAUAACUUGUACAAACUACGGUGAAAAAUAAUUUUAGAUUCACUACAAAGUGCCUAAUGUUUAGUGUAAAGUCACAUGCAACUAACAGACGAGAAAUAAUUUUAAUCUCUGUAAAUCUAGCUUGGUGUUCUCAAAAGUGUGUUCCUGUUAAGUCCUUAUUGGUGCAAUUAGGGAUAUCGGAGUAUUGUUAAUAACAGCUGAUUAUCUGUUCUAAGGCUGGGUUCACAAUUGAAAAAAUAACAGUAACAUUAUGUCGUGUGCAUAGGAUAUGAAUGCCAUGUUUCCUAACCUAACGAUUCACAAUAGCAGAAAGUUGGUCGUGCGCAUAGGAGUGAAAUGAAUAUAUUUUAUUUCGGUCACGUACGCAUGGCACAACAGCCAAUGGGAGAAGAGCAGGGUGCUUUUUUGGCGGGACUAGAAAUAUUUUUAUAUUUAUUAACCAUAUUGGGGUAAGAAAAUUUCGAGAUAAUAAUAGUAUUAUCGUUAUUUUGAAAGUUAAUAUGUUUAUUUACUAACACUGCUAACAGAUGUCGCAUAGUUCGCGAAAUUUCAUUGGCUGAAAUUAACAGUAAGAAUUCAAUUGUGAACCGAUUUCGCAGACCGCACAGGUCGUGUGCAUGGCUUGCUAUGCACUCGCUUAUUUUUUUUAAUUGUGAACCCAGCCUAAAGGUAGUAGUGUUUUAGCAAUGUGUUCUUAUGGUGAUGUUUUGCAUUAGUUGUUAUUUUAAAAUAUUUUUUGUAUGUUUACUUCAUUUAACGAAUUAAAGUCCCUGAAAGUCAA